AUGAAUACUAGCCUGACCGCCUACACCCACCUCGAGUCGCUACUUCUGUUCCAGUCGCUACAUGCGUAUGGUCUAGGCCCUCAGGUCUUCAGCAGAAUCUCCGAGCUGCUGAAGGCCAAUCCGCACAUCACAUCAGACAAGCGUUUCCAGAGCGGCCGCCUCAGUCCAGACGCCUUGCGGAACUUUUACCUCCACAUAUUGAAAGAGGAGAUCAGGAACGAGCGGGAUCAAGCAGAUGUCGACGCGACCAAUGGAGAAAUCAAGGUUUCGCGCAAGAGGAAGGCACCCAGUCCAAGCCUGCCGACGGUUCAAGAGUCGCUGCAGCACCAGCACCUCAUUCCGAAGCUGGUGAACAAGCUAUACGCCCACUAUCGUGCGGCCAUUACCGAACAGAUCAGACAGGAUGAGGACCGCUACGAGAGAUUGCAACGCGAACUGCAGGGCAUCGAGCGCGGCGAGUGGGACAACCAGAUAAAAGAGAGAGCAAACGGGAAGUCGGCGUCGCGCAGUCCCAGCCUUCCAAAGAAGUCACCACUGCUGACCCAGCAGUCGUUUCCCACCCAACCAAAUGCCAACUCCCAGGACCUCGAUACCAAUCGUGCGAAUGGUCCGCCCACGCUCGCACCAGUACCGGGAGCACAUUUCCAUCCCAAUCUCGCACCUGGGCCCCAGCAGAAUGGACAGGUCUCCGCAAAGGCUGGCCUAAGUCCGUCACCGCGAAAGAAGCAAACGUCUGUAGACAGGAGAGGGAAACAAUCGACGCCGCAGCCACCUGGUUCCUCGCAGCCCCCCAACACAACAGGUCCUCAUCCUACGCAACAGGGCCAGCCACCGCUUUUGCAGAGCCACCCUUCAACCCCAGGAUCUCUGAGUGUACCAAGUCCCGGUAGUCAACAUGGUUCCUAUCAAGGAUUCCCGCAGCAUCUGCAAAGUGGGCAUGCUUCCGGACCUCAGUACCAACAGCCCAUACAGCCAUAUGUGGCCAAUGGUGUAUCUCAACUCGCGCCAAGCCCCGGGCCUCAGCAACCGCAGCAUUCUCCAACCCAUCAACAUUUCAUAGGGCCAAAUCCACAGUCGCCUAGUGUGCAAACACCACACCAGCAAAGAAGCUACAUGCCAAUUGCUGGACAGCCUCCAUAUCUACCUCAGCAUCCACAGCCAGGUCAACCUCCACCACAAGGUGGCUUCAUGCUUCCUCCUUUCCAAGUAGCGCCACAAGAUCCGUCACGAUCACAACAGCAAGCCGCGUACAUGCCUCAGCAACACCAGGUGUCGACUCCUGUGAGCGGCCGACAGUCAACCAAGGUCACUCCCCACACUGGAAGGUCAGGUUUCCCUCCGAUGCAACCUUUGCAUAAGCCUACAAGUAACAUUGGUACUCCGAGGGACAUGAGGGACAUAAUAAGGAGGCUGUCAACGCCAAGAACGCCGAAUACCUCGUGGAAGCCCGCGGCGAGAAGUCUUGGCUCAACACCUGCGUCACGUCCGAAUGUGAGUCCCAUCGACGAUUUCCCACCGAGUCGAGAUCGACAGCAGACUCCGCCGAAAGCCAAAUCUACGCGCAAGUCCAGGUCAAAGGGCAAAGUGAAACAAAAAGAGCAGGAACCAGAGCCCGACUCCCACGUAGAGUCGGAUCAUCCCACUGAGGGGACUGUCCCGGAGAUGGAAACGAGACACGGGCGGUCACGACGGAAAGCUCCUAUCAAGAAGGGAAGACCGGGCAGUAUCGCGUCAUCACAGGCAGGCACAUCUGUCAGGGGACGCAGCAGAAGCCACUCGAUACUUUCUCACACGGAGACUAUCGCAGCGGAUACUGAAUCUCAAGCUGGAAGUCGGAUCAAGUCGGAAGACCAUGUCGAUGACGAGCUCGCUGCAACUCCUUCUCAAAUGUCGACUCGGGGACGCAGCGCCGCUAAAUCGAACAACAAGCGGAAGCGAAAUCUGCGAGAAGUAACCCCCGAAGAGAGUGAAGAUGGGUCUGGCACCCCUGGCUUACCCAAAACCGUGGUGGCGACGCGCCAUUUCUCGCGCAUGUGUGCGCCCUUGAUGAACGACAUUGGUUCGCAUAAGCACGCCUCGACAUUUACAACGGCGGUGAAGGCAAAAGACGCAGAGGGAUACUACGACAUCAUCAAGCGACCUACUGAUAUCAAAACGAUCCAGAAGGCCAUCGCAGCGGGGGCCAAACAGGUUGCAGCCGCGGCGUCGGGCGACACACCGUCAGGUAGUCCGGGUGGCGCCGGCGGAAUUGUCGAGCUUCCACUCACGGUCGACAACAUGCCUCCUAAGGCCAUUGUAAACUCAGCUCAGCUGGAGAAGGAGUUGAUGCGCAUGUUUGUGAACGCUGUCAUGUUCAAUCCCGGCGAGGCUGGCGUUGUGGAGGAUGCGCGAGAGAUGUUCGAGUCGGUUCAACGCAGUGUAUCUAGCUGGCGUAGUGUAGAACCUUCAAGCGGUAGGAUGGAGGUCGAAGAGACGCCGCCAGCCGGGGAGGAGGAUGUCCCGGUGGCGGCCAAAAGGAGGAAACUCUGA